GCAGUUAGUAAUUUGAAUUGAAGCCGUUUCAACGAGUCCGAAUUGACGUGUUUUCGAAUUGUUUCGCUUGUGAUUGUUGGCCUAGUGAAACCAUAGAAACAUUAAAAAUUCGUCGAAAACCUCGUGCAAUCCCAUGGAGACUUUCAUAAUAAUCGCUAUGCAACUGAAAAUCAUGUCAUCGAAUAUCCAUUGAGGAUAAAAGUAAUUAGCCUGAAUGAAUAAUUCGAUUUCAUUAACGAGAACAGAAUACAUUGAGGUCUUGAAAGAAAAUAAACAAACAAACAAAAACACACACAUCUUGAAAAACUAGUGACAUUGAGUCAAAAUUUGGUUUGUUUAUUCUCUGUAGUUCAACGGAAUAUUAAAGUGUGAACGCGUAACGCUCCAGUUUGAAAUAUUUGAAGUGAAAAUCGAAAAAUAAAUUACCGUUCAGAUGCUGUAUGCGCUCUCUUCGCUCUUUCCGCUCUCACUGAAUCGGUAUAUAUGUUCCAAUCUGUAUGUGUGUGUAUGAGUGAGUGAGCGCUCUCAAAAUUCGUUUAUUCCGUCAAAUCGUGUGCCACCGAAACGUUAACGGCGCGCAAAACAUACACUAAGAGAGAAAGAGAGUAACGGAGCGAGUGAGAGAGCGCGCACAAGAGAGGUACCAGCCAAAACAAACGAAAAUUUUCGUAUUGUCAUAGUGAGAGCGGUUUGUGCUGUGUCGUUGCUCAUCGCACACCGUUUUGCACUCAUCAGCCGAGCAUUUCGUGCAGUUGGUAAACGCUACUCCACUGAAUAGGAAGAAAUGCGCAUUGACUAUCGAGCGCUAUGAUAUGUGGAUUUUUUUUAAGUUAAAAAUUACAACAUUUCCGUGGUCGUUACAGCAAUAAAUGAAUUGAAUUGUGAAUUAUUAACGAAGGACUUUCGAUUUUUGUACCGUGUGCCCAUUCAUUUAUUGGAAUCUAGUGUGAUAAUUGAUAGAAACCGAUAGAAACUUCCUCUUUCAGUGAGAAAAAAAAGUUAUAAUUACAAAGUGGUACUUUUGAAGAGGGGUGAGAGAGAGAGAGAGAGAGAGAACGCGCGUUAGUUUUUGGUGUGAAAAAGAGAAAAUAGUUGAUAAUCGGUGUGUUGCAUUCUGUUCGUUACAUAUGCAAUAUCACUGUAUUUAUGCUAUCAUUCAAAACAAAUGCUCAUGGUUGUCUAUUGUAACGCCAAAUGCACGGAACAAUUCAGUGAACAGAGAUAAAAAUACAUUCUACAAAAGAAAAAAUCCCGAACAAUACAGGAAAAAAACGCGGAUAUAAAACGACGCAGAAAAAUGACAGAUUCACAUAAAGGAAAUUAUUGUUUGGAAUGUGAUGCAAAUAAUGGUGAUUUAAAUGAUGCCUACAAAUAUGCCAACGAUACGAAACAGCUACGCGACUCCGUAAUCGGUUAUGCUCAAAACGGUUCAUCAAUCAUGGAAAAUGAAGUGCAUCACAGUGAGAAUCGAUAUAUAAAUAGCACGGAUACCUUAAGGAUGCCAUCGCUGCAUUUGACAGCGGCAGCUACGAAACUUACGUCAUUCGAUCAGCUCACAAAUCCGUUCGUGUUCAAAUGUGAGAUGGAUUUGUUUCGAAAAAUUCGGACGGCAAUUUUCACGAUAUUCGUUGUGCCAUGUAGACUGCUCAUAAUUUCGAGUUUAUUGCUUGUAGCGUGGGCACUGGCAACCAUUGGACUGUGGGGCCUUACAAUGCAGGAUCUCAACGUAAAACCAAUAUCCGGAUGGCGAAGGAUAAUUCAAGUGUUGGCAGCACGGGCGAUGCAUGGCAUGUACUUUUUUGGAUCAUUUCAUCAUGUGAAAAUUACGGGUAGACAGGCAACAUCAAAGGAGGCUCCGAUUUUAGUGCUAGCACCUCAUUCAUCAUUUUUUGAUUCGAUCUCAGUUGUACUGUUUGGGCCGCCGUCUGUGCUAGCCAAGGCUGAAACGGCAUCGUUACCAUUUUUGGGGAAAUUAAUCAAUUUCACACAGCCAAUUUAUGUAUGGAGAGAAGAUCCGAAUUCGCGACAGAAUACCAUAAAAACGGUCAUCGAACGUGCAAAUUCGCAUGACAACUGGCCACAGAUUAUCAUUUUUCCAGAAGGAACUUGUACCAAUCGAAGCUGUGUACUGUCAUUUAAACCGGGCGCCUUUUAUCCAGGCGUUCCAGUUCAACCAGUGUGCAUUCGCUAUCCAAACAAAUUCGAUACAGUCACAUGGACUUGGGAAGGACCCGGAGCGCUAAAACUUUUGUGGUUGACCAUGUGUUCAGUGUAUACAAGAUGUGAACUCGAGUUUUUGCCCGUUUAUUUGCCAACGGAAGAGGAAAAAAAUAAUCCCAAAAUCUAUGCAGUGAACGUUCGAAAUGUCAUGGCAAAAGCGUUAGGAUUGCCAACAUCAGAUUUGACGUAUGAUGAUUGUAAAUUGAUGAUCCGUGCCAAACAAAUGAAUCUACCGCACUUUGAUGACAUUGUGGAAAUUGAAAAGCUACGACGGAGUAUCGGUUUGACUUUGAGAAAUAUCGAGGAACAAGUUGUGACAUCAAAUUUGGUGCAUGAAACGAAUUGUGUGAUUUCGAUGCCAGAGUUUGCGUUACGCUUGCAGAUUUCCGUUGAUGAUCCGCUCACUGCUGAAUUAUUCCGAAUCUUUGAUACGGAAAUGUGCGGAACGAUUGAUUUUCGUGAAUACUUGCUUUGCGCACUGUAUUUGAUCAAGCAAAGUUUGCCAACCAUGGGUCUCAUUCAAAUCGUAUCAAAAAUGUAUGACAAUUGUGGCAAAGGAUUCAACAGAACUACACUUUACAGCCUGUUGAGACACAUGACUGCCGCCAGCAUAGAUGAAUGUGUGGACAUUUUCGCAGAAAUUGAUUGUGAUCAAGUCGGUUUUAUUUCAUUAGAAAAACUGCAAGAGUAUUUCCAGAGCAAGCCCGAACUUGCGCAUUUAUUUGAGAUUCCACAAACGGCUAAGAAAACCACCCGUUCCUCAACGACAACAGCAGCAAAACCAAAGAGUCAAUAGAUUAUUUCAAACUAUUUAUUUAUUUGUAUUUUCUAAACCAUGCAUAUUCCAGGAUUUUAAUCAACCAUUCAGUUUUGACUGUGUUAAAAAAAGCAAAAAAGCAUAUACUUGUUUCAUGUUGUCAAAUUCCAAUGAAUUUAAAGAAAUGAAUUCACAUAUUCAGUAAAUUGUAAAAAAAAAACCAAAAAAAACCUUAGGCUAUAGUGUAUGUAGUCAAGUUUUUCCCAAUUCAAGAACAAACCAAUUUUUAAAUCAAUUUUACGAUAAAAGAAAUUUUUUGUAAAAAGUUUGUAUUUUUCAAAAGUAACAACAACUAAUCACAACAUCACGUAUACACAUACACACACAUUUUAUGUGGAAAGAAAUUGUAUAAUAUAUAAAAUAUUUCAACACUAUUAUUUCCAUAAGGUAGAAGCAAAUGCAAACAAGAAUAAAUCAAAUUAUUUCGAUUCUCAAGUUUAAAAAACAAACAAAAAACAAAGUGCAUGGCUCUUAAUUUAAAUUCAAUUUGGUCAAUGUAUUUUUUGAACCCAAUAUGAAUACUAUUUAGACUCCUAACAGCAACUAACUUAUUUAUGAAAAUUAUAAUCACUUCAUGUACUCUAGCAAAUUAAAAAGGAAACAAGUUGUAAUCGAUACAUACGUGGUUCACAGCAGUCUUUGAGUAAAUGAAAAAAAAAACACCUAACGAUUGAAACUCAUGCAACGGAAGUUGCCAGCUUUCUAGAGAAAAUAGUUUAGAGAAAACAAAAUGAACCAAGUGCAAAAGGUGUAUGAUGCAUUUUGUAAGGGGAAAUAAAGUAAACAAAUUUGUGACAAGAUAAA